CUCCUCUCUCCAGUCACUUUUGAGCGUUGCUUGCGGAGAAUAACUCGAAGUGCGUUCACCGUGACCUCCCAACGAGCUGACCGAUUUCCUGGACGAUGGCCCCUCCCAUGAAUGCCGGAAUGGACGCCAGCGAGAUGCCUCAACACUCAGACCGCAAACGGGUGGUUGUGGUUGGCUUGGGAAUGGUUGGCGUUGCGUUUAUUGAGAAGCUUCUCAAAUUAGACGUCAAGCGAAGAGAGUAUGAUGUGGUGGUGAUAGGUGAGGAGGCACAUCUGGCAUACAACCGUGUCGGGCUUACCAGCUACUUUCAACAUCGUCAAGUUGAGAAUCUCUACCUCAAUCCGGCAUCAUGGUAUGCCUCCAUGCCAACUGGAUCGCUUUCAUACCAUCUCAACACACUUGUCACCGAGAUUGACACCGAGCACAAGACCGUGGCAACAUCACAAGGCGACACAGUCCCGUAUGAUAUCCUCGUCCUCGCAACCGGUUCCGAUGCUGUGCUACCUCGACAUACGCCCGGCCACGAUGCAAACGGAGUCUUCGUAUACCGAACGAUCGAGGAUCUUCAGAAGCUCAUCGACUUCGCAGACACGAGGAAAGGCACAGUUGGAGCAGUGGUUGGUGGUGGUCUACUCGGACUGGAGGCGGCAAAAGCAAUGAUGGAUCUGGAGAAGUUCGACAAAGUCACACUCGUGGAGCGCAACAGAUGGGUACUCAGCAGACAACUUGACGACGAUGCAGGUAGCAUGGUAGUUGAACAGGUGCGACACCUCGGACUCGAUGUUCUUCUCAGCAAGCGAGUUGGCAAGGUCAACACAGACGAUGACAACAAUGUCGUCGGUGUUACGUUUGAAGAUGGUGAGAGCAUGGACUGCUCAACGAUAUGCUUCGCGAUCGGCAUUAAGGCGAGAGACGAUCUGGCGAGGAAAUCCGGAAUCGCGUGCGCCGACCGUGGUGGUGGUAUCAUUGUCAACCCUGACCUCUCGACUUCAGCUCCCGAUGUCUAUGCUAUCGGAGAGUGCGCCAGCUGGGAAAGCCAGACAUUUGGUCUCAUCGCUCCAGGAAUCGAGAUGGCCGACGUGCUCGCCUUUAAUCUCACACAAGCAAAAGCUCACACACCACGGAAGUUCAAGCGACCAGAUCUCAGCACAAAGUUGAAGCUCCUUGGUGUGGAUGUCGCAAGUUUUGGCGACUUCUUCGCAGACCGCGACGGACUGAAAGAUGCUCCUAGGAAGCGACGAGGUGUUCGAUCAGACGCUCCGUCGGACGAGUCAGCGCCGGGCGUCAAGGCUUUGACAUACCGGGAUCCUUUCCAGCAGAUAUAUAAAAAGUACCUCUUCACUCCGGACGGCAAGUACAUCAUUGGCGGCAUGAUGAUUGGCGAGACCAAAGACUACGUCAAGCUUGUCUCUAUGGUCAACAAUCAGAAACCUCUUGAGGUACCGCCAUCGGAGUUCAUCGUCGGUAAAUCCUCAGGGGAGGACGAUGCGGACGACCUCGACGAUGAUACUCAAAUCUGCUCGUGUCAUAACGUAUCCAAGGGCGACGUAUGCAACGGCGUCAAAGACGGAUCAUGCAAAUCGAUCGGGGACGUCAAGUCCUGCACAAAAGCCGGCACUGGAUGUGGAGGCUGUAUGCCUUUGGUCCAGUCCAUUUUCAACAAGACGAUGGCCUCGAUGGGCCAGGAAGUCAAGAAUCACCUCUGCCCGCACUUCGAGUAUUCCCGAGCCGAUAUCUUCCACAUCGUCUACGUUAAGAAACUACAAGACUUUCCAUCGAUCAUGAAGGAGUGUGGCAAGGAUCCGACCGCCGCGGGCUGCGAAGCGUGUAAGCCGACUAUUGGCUCUAUCCUCGCCUCCCUUUACAACAAACAUGUCAUGGACGACAACAUCCGUGGGCUACAAGACACCAACGAUCGCUUCCUUGCGAACAUCCAACGUAACGGAACGUUUUCGGUUGUACCUCGUGUUUCGGGCGGAGAGAUUACAGCUGACAAGCUGAUCGUCAUGGGUACUGUUGCCAAGAAAUAUGGUUUGUACUGCAAGAUCACCGGCGGUCAACGAGUGGAUAUGUUCGGAGCUCGCAAGCAAGACUUGCCUGCUAUUUGGACUGAGCUCAUCGAUGGCGGUAUGGAGUCCGGUCAUGCCUACGGUAAGAGUUUACGCACAGUCAAGUCAUGUGUCGGAACCACCUGGUGCCGUUUCGGCGUGGGUGACUCAGUGGGCAUGGCCGUGCGCCUUGAGGAACGCUACAAGAGCAUCCGCUCGCCCCACAAGAUGAAAGGCGGUGUAUCCGGGUGUGUGCGUGAGUGUGCCGAAGCACAGAGCAAAGACUUUGGCCUGAUUGCCACCGACAAAGGCUGGAACAUCUUCGUGGGCGGCAACGGUGGCGCAAAACCUCGACACUGCGAUCUACUGGCCAAAGAUGUUCCUCCGGAUGAUGUCGUCACUAUAGUCGACCGAUAUCUCAUGUUCUACAUGCGCACAGCCGACAAGCUUCAACGAACAGCUCGUUGGGUCGAAAGUCUCCCCGGCGGCAUCAAGUACCUGAAAGAGGUCAUCCUAGAAGACAAGCUCGGCAUCUGCGCGGAGCUAGAAAAGCAAAUGGAAGAGCUCGUGGGAACCUUCUUCGACGAGUGGAAAGAAGUCCUCGAAAGUCCCAAACGCCUUGAACUCUUCCCGCAAUUCGGCAACACCGCAGACACCGUCGACUCCAUCGAAAAAGUCCAAGAGCGCGAACAGGAACGUCCAGCAUACUGGCCGAAAGAGUCCGUGACUGAGGACUUCCGCGGCAAGCAAUGGAGCACCCUCUCCUGGCAACCACUAGCCAAAUCCUCGCAGUUCAGCGACUCGAUGACCGGUUCUAGUUUGGCGGUCAAGCGAGGCGACACCCAGUUGGCGAUUUUCAAGGUCAAGGGGAGGUACUACUGCACACAGCAGAUGUGUCCGCACAAGCGGGCGUUUGUUCUCAGUGAUGGGCUUAUUGGCGAAGACGUUCAGAACAACAAGCUUUGGGUCAGCUGUCCGCUGCAUAAGCGGAACUAUGCCAUGAAAGGCGAAGAGGCAGGUAAGUGCAGUAACGACGAAACGGUCAACAUCGCCACGUUUCCAGUGGAGUCACGGGAGGAUGGCCAUGUGUACGUCAAGCUGCCGCCGGUGGAGGAGCUGGAUGAGGUUUUGGGCACGGAGAAGUGGAAGGUGAAGAAGGAAGAGACGGAGACGAAGGGAGACUUUGAGGCAUUGGACAAGAAGUUCAAGAUGAAGGGACGAAAGCCCUUUGCUGCGAGUCACUUGGCAAAUGGGUUGGGAGAGCAUGCCAAGGCGAACGCGAUUUUGGCGGGUGGGGAGAGAGGAAGUAACGGGAUGGAUUGGUAG